AUGGCCUCCUUAGUCAGCGCGGCGGCUAGGAACGCCUUUGCUAGGGCUUUACCAGCUGUGAGGACCAUUACCACGGUUGGAACAGCUUCAGGUGAACCGUGCCAAAUUCGUGACGAAUAUGUUUUGCCAUCGAAUUUUGACUAUAGAGUAUGGUUUCCUAUGCAUAUGUUCGUACAAUUGAAAAAAAUGGAAGGCAAAUUACGGUCCGUUGACCUUAUUGUUGAGGUUCACGAUGCAAGAAUUCCAGUGAGCGGGCGGAACUCUACCUUCAUGAAGCAAUUUUGCUCCAUCCGCCCACAUGUGUUAGUGAUGAAUAAGAUGGAUCUGAUCAAUAUGGGGAAGUACAAACAACCUAUAGAGGAUUAUUAUCGUCAUGAACACGGUAUUACUAAUAUUAUCUGGACCGACUGUAAAAGACGACACAGCCGAGCGCUGUUAAACGUCCAGAAGGCCGUCCUCGAUAUCCUCACUCACGAACCACGGUUCAAUCGUACUGUGAAGCCCGAGUUCCAGAUUAUGGUAGUUGGUAUACCGAAUGUUGGGAAGUCUUCUUUGAUUAAUACGUGGAGAUCUCAUAACAUGGGAACGAAGAAGAGUGCUGUGCUUGAAGUACGCGUGCAGAAUCGAGUGCGAGUUAUGGACAAACCUCCUGUUUAUGUACUGGAUACACCGGGAGUGCUGUCACCGUCCACUAGAAACACGGAUGAGGUGAUGAAAUUAGCUUUGUGUAACCUGAUCUUGGAAAGUGCUACGAAUCCACGAUAUGUUGCUGAUUAUCUUCUUUACUGGCUGAAUAGGACUGGUGACUACUCCUAUAUCAAACAUCUGGAAAUCUCAGGCGAACCAACUGACGAUAUCGAUAGGUUGUUGCUAAGGAUAUGUGUAGCAAAAGAUUUCCGUACUCGAUGCCUCACUGGGACAACGUACGAGGAUCGUUGGGAUUUUGAUCGUGCAAUUGCAAUGUUUAUAAAACUAUUCAGAAAAGGCACGUUAUGCGUGAACUGGUCCCUAAUUCCUUACGAAUUGAAAAACUGCUCCUCGUACAUUUCCCUACCGACAAUAUAA